AUGACAUCUAGCAGUGAGCAGCAGGCCGUGGGCAAGCCGGGGGCUGCAAGGGGUGGAGCCUCUCGGGUUUCCCUUGCCUGUUUGGCAUGUAGGACACGACAUAUUCGUUGUGAUGCUACAAAGCCCGUCUGCAAGAGAUGCGAAGAAGAUGGUAAAGAAUGCAAUUAUACCAAGUCUCGUCGAGGAGGACUGGAUAGAGCUGCCUUGGCUGCCAGGAGAGAACGGUUGGCAAAACAGUCAUCCUCGACGAGUCCUAGGGAAGGAUCCGACUCUGUCGGAUCAGAGAAUCAUCAGCCACUGGCUACAGAGCCCGACUCAUCGCUUCCUCUCUUGUCUGAGUGUUUCACUGAAGUCAAUGGAUCUUUUCCUGGAGCUUCUUACCUUGAAACCAACUCGACCGACGCUUCCAUCCUCUCAUCCUCAGACCCUGGCAUUGAUCCCUUCAUCAAUGUGUACUACAAGUGCUUCCACGCCUUUCAUCCUUUCGUCCUCCCGCUACAUCGUUUACUACACUAUGCGGAAGAUUCCACCUGGUCCAACCGUCUGAAACCUGUUAUUUCAUGUGUUCGCUACAUUGGAGCCCUUUAUGCUCGGUCAGGUCAGAGCGGUCAACUCGCAAUGCAGGCCGUCGACGAUAUUAUAGAAGCAAAAGCAGUUUUACCAACAUGUCCAUUUCUAUGCCAGGCGCAAUUACUAUACUCUAUCGUUCUGUUUUGGUCUGGUAGCCGGCCCCAGGCUCUGUCAUACAUUAACGAUACCGUCGGUAUUGCGACGGCACUGGGCAUGUCUCGUCAAGACUUCGCUAUUGCCAAUAGCGACGGGGAUCCAGUAUUGGCAGAGAGCUGGAGAAGAACAUGGUGGCAACUGUACAUUGUGGACUCGAAUUAUGCAGCCAUCAGACGCGACACAGACUUUCUUACUAGAGAUGUUCCCGCAACAGUGGACUUACCGUGCGAAGAAAGGGAGUACAACUCUGGGGUCAUCCCGACUCCUUCUUCGCUGGCGGACUUUGACACGAGGGAAUUUUCUUCAGAGAACCAUGUCUACUCAUCGUUCGCAUAUCUCAUCGGGUCAACGAGGGGGGUAGCUCAAAUCUUGGCCGCAACUCCCCCAGACAAGAAAACAAGUCCUCCAAUCGAGCUCGUAGAGGCCGUGGAUGCCAUGAUAGAUGGAUGGUUACUUCUGUUGCCCGAAUGCAAGCGACCUCUAAUGUCCAAGGAUGGCGAGAUUGACGAGCUACUCUUUUACGCUCAUAUGGGCAUUCAUGCCUCCAUCGUGGGACUUCAUCGCCCCUAUUCGAAUUUGUUGUUUGAUCCGCUGGAGAAGAUCUCCAGUUGCUUCGUGUGUCCGCCUGAGUCGCAUGCCGCGGACGAGUCCACGGUCAUUCACACCAUGAGAUGUCUUGCGUCCAUCGAAGCCCAGGUUAGAAUUAUGACUCUACCGAAGCGACCAUUUUGCCACAGUCCAUUCACCCUUUGCAUGGUUACCACUGGCACGAUUCCAUUUCUCUCGGCAUGCAAGUUCUUAUUGACUGGUUCCAAAUUGUCGAUUGCUCGUGAACAAAUUCGACUUACGAUUGGAUGUCUCAAGUCUUUGGCGGAAGUAUGGCCUCAAGGAGAAAAGACCGUCAAGGAAAUACAAGCCAUCGCUCGCGAGGUCCUGGGUUUAGGUGCUUCCAUUCCGUCAAGCAAAACCAUGUUGCCAAGCGAUCCGUCUUCGGGCGCCACCAGCUCUCAGCGCAGCCCCCUUUCUCAAAAUGGCAGUCAAAGCAGCUCUAUUGAGGAUUUGCUGUUUCCCGACACAAUUGACAGCUUACCUUCUUGCUGGGAUAUGCAAAAUCCUCAGGUGGAUAUGAAUCUGUGGUUUGCAAGUUACUAA